UUUCACCAGACGGCGCGUAGUCGCUCUUGGCCCCCGACUAGUCCCAGACUCCGCCCCAGCGGCUCAAUUCAUUCAUUCAAGAGACCUCGACUCUCCUGAUCCUUUUUAUUUCAUGGUGCCCGCGAUGUGCCAGCUCCGCCAUCACGAAGCACCAUGAAUCCGCUUCGGAUUCUGCUGCCGAUCAUUCUUGCGGUGGGACUUCCGCUCGGAAUCCUUGCCCAAGAAUGUCACACCAAUGAAUCAGGCUCCAGCCAAAACUCUGGCAAUAGUGCCCUCACUGUGAAUAACCAAGAUGACUUGAACUCAUUUUCUGAUGGCUGCACCACCUUGAUCGGGGAUAUUCUGAUAUCCUCGACCUACCGCGGCCGGUUCGUUCUCGAUGGCGUCGCAAAUGUUACUGGUCAGAUCUCCAUGGGGUCUAGUAAUUACUCCAAGCAGGUGACUUCGUUUGAGCUGCCAGAAGCGAAAUCUAUCGGCAGAGUCGUGCUUCACGAGGUUCCUGAUGUGCAGCUCCCAAAGGUCGAGAGCGCGGACUGGGUGACCUUGACGACGGCUUCUAGCGAGAGUAACGCAAGUUUGGGAAGCCUUGUCAACGCCGGUUCCGUCCACGUCCAGGGUCCCUGGAAGAGCGUGGACUUACGGUCAUUGGCGAAUGUAACAUCGAGCCUCCACCUCUGCAGCAAAGCCGGGUGCCAAAGUCGGGUGCCGGAUGGAAGCCCGACAAUAGAUGUUGAUCUCCCUGCUCUGGAAGCUGCACGUUAUAUCAGUGUCAACGGCAGUGUUUCGAACUUUUCCAUGCCUCAGCUACACACCGUAGGCGUGGAAAACCAGACUACGGGCCACAAGAGCGGACUCGGUCUACACCUUUACGGAUCUGAUUCCUUGAUGAUCAAUUUAACCACAUUGCAUACACUAUAUGGCCGUCUCAAUGUCUCCGGCGAAGUGUCCUGGCUAAACAUCUCCCCCGUCGCAAACACUAAUGCCCCAAUAUAUAUCGAAACCGGCGCAGACUCAGAAAUCUACUCCACCCUCCAAGAAGGAUCGACCAUAGACGUCCGCGGCAACGUCAAACUAGUCGACCUCCCAUACAUCAAAACCGUCGACAGAAUAAACAUCACCUCAAACUAUAACCCGCCCUGCACGCCAGCCCUCCACAGCCUCUUCGAUUCCAAAGCAAACUCCAAAUCUGACAUCCCGUCCUUCUGCGGCGGUCCCAGCAAACGCAAACCGGGAACGACUGUCCCCAACUGGCCCGACCCCUACAGAUCCAAGCACAAGCGCUUGUCAGGCGGGGCCAUAGCCGGGAUCGUAGUCGGCUGUGUAUGUGGCGUUGCAUUGCUGGCGGGUGCCGUUUUCUGGUGGCUCAAGAAAAAGAAGAAGAUAGGUUCUGGCGCUAAGACGGGGGAUCCUACGGAUUCUUCUGUCGGUGAUGCUACGCCGCCGUAUAGGGAGGAGCAACAGCCCAUACCUUUGGUGAAGCGGUGAGUUUAGAUAUAGAUUUUGAUAGAUUACGCAGUGGUUUUGAUUAA